GUCCACUUUAGCAGCUUUACUAAAAGGCUCGAUUCAGCCUGAAUCUGUCUCCUAUAGCGCUUUUAUCUUUGCACGAACUUGAAUGAAAAAAAUUACUUUCCGCCACCACUAAUUUCAAAUUCCGGUAUGGACAUAAGAAGUCCUUUUCAAGCAUUUCUCGUCGUAUUCCUUGUAGUUUUAACAGUAGAGGGAAAGAAACACGAUACUCUGGAGGCACGGGAAGAAAAGAUCAGAACUGUCAGAGACGUUGAGGUUGAAAUAGACUACGAACCAGUUGGUUGUUUCAGAGAUGAGAAAAAAGAUAGAGCGCUGAGUAAGUUGGUUAAAAUCUUCAGGAAAAAAGGAAGUUUACCAGAUAACAAAGUAAUCUGGGACUUCUGGGAAGACAUGAGUAAAGUCAUACAGCUUUGUGCCGAAAGCGCCUUUAAGGAAGGAUACACGGCCAUAGUUGGACUUCAGUAUUUCGGAGAGUGCUGGUCUGGGAAAGACGCUGCGAUGACUUACAGUAAACAUGGAAAAUCCGGUAACUGUAUAAAUGGCGUGGGAAAGGCAAGCACAAACUAUAUUUAUCGCAUCAAAGUGAAUCCACUCCCAGUAAAAUCUUCGAGUUGUAGUGUCGAAGGACAAACGUAUGAUGAAGGAGACAGCAUGGAGGUGUUCAAUGGAGACCUAAAAAACGGUCAAUGUGAUCAGUGUACCUGUUCGAGUGGUAAACUAGACGACUGCCAUUUCCUCUUUGACUGUGUUAUGAACGAUUCCAGUUGUAACGGCUAUGUCAAGACAUCGGCACAAUGCUGUCCUAAGUGCCAAAAAGAUGUCCCCAGUAAUGCACCCGUUUGUAAAGUCAACGACCAAACCUACAAACAAGGCGAUAGCUUGGAACUUCUAAGAGAUUUCCACGGCAACCAGCUGGCUGAGUGUCAUCAGUGUACCUGCAUGGCAGGAAAUUUGGAGAAGUGCCACAGAAUCUACUACUGCGAGAAGAACAAAGCUGGAUGUAAAAGCCAUAUAAAAAUUCCAGGCCAAUGUUGCCCGGCGUGUGCCCGCGUCGUACCCAAACCCUCCUCGCCUUACUGCAAGGUCGGAGCACGACAUUACAAAGAUGGAGAAAGUUUGGAAGUGUCUAACAUGUCCACCGAUAAGAAGACUGCGGCAUGCGAUCAGUGCUCCUGUAAGGGGGGAAAAAUAGAAGGAUGUCAUCAUCUCUUUCACUGUAUAAUGGAUGAUCCGAAAUGCGUGCGUUAUGAGCAUCGGGUGGACCAGUGUUGUCCAGCCUGUGUUCUAGCUAAUCCAAAGCCCCCGGCUCACAGUUGCAAGAUCAACGGUCGGUUGUUUAAAGAUGGCGAGAGUUCCGAGGUGCUGCAUCAAUCCGCUGACAAGAGCAGUAUAAUCUGCCAACAGUGCAGAUGUGACGCCGGGAAACACAAGUGUCAUAAGAUAUUCGACUGCGAUAUUCAGAAACAGGCUUGCGAAAAGUCUGUUAAAAUAACUGGACAGUGUUGCCCAGUUUGUGCCUGCUACAACAAUGGACAGCAAUUGUCACCAGGUGAUCAAUGGCAGAAGGUUUCUGGAGAAGACUGUGUGACAUGCACGUGUCAGCAGGGUGGUAUUGCACACUGUACAAGGAAGCCUGGAGGCUGUCAAUCAGAAUAAAAUGGUCUUUAGCAGCUGAGCUGAAGUGCCUGACAAGGGCAACAAAUGGAAUUCACAUGAAUUUUAAGACCUUGCUAAACUGUGUUAAAUUGUGUAAAGUAAGAUAAGAAUAAAAUCUCAGUUAAUCUGAGUAAGAGUG